GGCCCGAGGCGAGCGGCGGCGCAGGGACCGGGCCCAGCCGAGGGCCCCGGCGCGUUGCCAUGGCGGCCUGAGCCCCGGCCCGGCCUCGCCCCUCUCCCGCAGCCGCGCCGACCCGCGCCCGCCGCCGCCGCACGCACGACGCCAUGGCCAGCUCCCCCGUGUCUCGCGUGGUCUACAACGGGAAGCGGAGCGGCGGCCCGCGCUCCCCCGGCGCCGGCAGCGAGAUCUUCACGCCGGCCCACGAGGAGAACGUGCGCUUCAUCUACGAGGCCUGGCAGUGCGUGGAGCGCGACCUGCGCAGCCAGAUGGGCUCCGAGCGCGGCCUGGUCGAGGAGUACGUGGAGAAGAUGCCGAACCCGAGUCUCAAAGCGUUUAAACCUGUCGACCUGGGUGAUCUGAAGAGGAGGAGCACACAGGAUGCCAAGAAGUCCUAAGGCAGGUCCUCCCCGCGCAUCGGCUGCUCCCAAGGUCCUCAGGCAGAUUUAAUUUGAGAUUUUGUGUUGAUUUCCUCCUCUGGUCUGUGCUCCCAAAGCCCGCGGGAAGCCGGUCAGCUUUGGGGCUGGCUCUGAAGCUACCUGACAUUACAGCUGCUCAGGGGCUCGCUGAGGAUGCCCAGAGCCUGUCACAAAGGAUUCCAGCCCCGGCUUUCUCUGGCCUAGAAGCGUCUUUCCCCACUUGGCACUGGGGUCACAGCUCUCCCCUUUUCCUCCCUUCUCUGCCCCUGCUGAUUGUGAGAGCUCCCUGGGCCCCGGUGAGCAGCGGGCAGGGCCGCGGGGCUGUGCUGGUUCUCUGGAUCCGCAGCUGCAGGGCCAGGACGGGAGGCGAGGGAGAGAGAGCUGGCUCUGUGCUGGUGCCUGGGACAGGCAGGCAGCCCCGCUUCAGCACCCUCUGCACAGGUGGCUGCUGGGCAGGUUACACUCUGGCUGCUCUUUACUCCCGUGUGGAAGGACUCAGUUGGUACCUGGGCUGCCAGUGCCCGGCACACACCGGUGCUGCUGCGGCUCUCGGGGCCAGACCCGAGGCCUUAGAUUGGGCCAGAUCUCUGGGGUGCUGGAGGUGGGGCUGCUGCCCUCCUGCUGUGGACGCAGAGGCUCAGGGUGUCAGCACCUGAGGGGGUGCUGGGCCGCAUCCGGCCCUCCUGCCUCAGCGCCGUGGGAGGGAGCAGCAGGGAGGGCGGCUGGUGCUGACGCUGUGGAAAGAAGCCUCUUGGCACCCUUGUCAGAGCAGCGCCGUGCUCUUCUGUGCUGAUACCAUUUUCCAGGCCUGCACCUUUGGAAGAGAUCCAGCUGGCAGAAGUGUCACGGGGGGGCUGCCUGGUCAGUGUAACUCACACUGGGGCGGGGGGGGCUUUCUAGGGACCCUCACUCCUAGCAAGCCCUGGGUGCUUUCUGCCUCUGAGUGAGGGCGAGCGACUGUGCCAUCGUGAGCCACCUGAGCAGAGCGGCUGUGCCAGCCUUGGGGUUACCCUGUGCCCACAGGUGGCCCUCGGGAGCAGCAGGAGCGGCCCCCAGCCCACCCAGGCCGUGGGGAGGGGGCUGCAGGAGGCCUGCAGGGGAAGCUGGGGCUGCCGUUACCUUUCCUUUGAGUCGUUGAGCUGUUCUGUGCCCUUUUUUUUUUCUGUUGUCUGUCACUUGAGGAGUGUUGUAAAUAAAAGCUGGUGUCCUUUUG